UGACUUUCUCGUCGAACACAUACAAAGCAAAAUGUCUACCUACGCCUUCCUUCUCCUCUGCCUCCAAGCCUAUUUGGUCCAGAACGUAUGCAGUCAGUGUCAUGGCACUCGCAGUCUUGAAAUCGAAGUACCCCGACCAGCAUGUGGAAACAGAGCUGGCAUUGCUGCUCCAGCUAUAGGACAUUUUGGACUAGGCUCUGGCUGGGAUGUCAGCAAUAUUGGUUCAACCGCAGCUGCCUACGGUGGUACUGGAGUGGGUGAUGUGGCUGUUGCUGGUGAGAUGGGCGUUGCUGGUACCACCCUGGUCGCUGGUCAGGUGCCGAUCCUCGGUGCAGUAGGGUUCGAAGGCAUCGUUCCCGCUGCUGGAGCUGUUAUCAUUACUGGCAGAUGCGGCUGCGGUUGCCAUGGUUCCUCCAUUUACUAAAACAAUAAUGUAAAUCUUGACGCUCUGAAUAUAAUACAAUUAAAAUCAUUAAGCAGCA